CCCUCAGUGCCGAACAAACAGUGUGUUUUAUUUGUGUUAUUUACAACUAUGCCAUGCCCAUUUCGACGUUUUACCUAUAGAGGUGAGAGCCUACAGAGAAAACGAAGCUUGCGUUAGAUCUAAGAAAAAACGCAUAAAACAAAAACUCACACACACUCCAACAAGUCUCUGUUGUUUUUUCGAAGCAAAAGCAAAAUCAAUUUUGCAUUUGCACUAUUCGAAUAGAUCGAGCCAAGCUAUAAGCCAAAUAUUGAGGCAUUGUAAAGAGGUGGAGUCUCUAAUGGUGAUCGAGACUUGUGUGUGGUUUUGAUUUGUGUGGAGAUGGACAAGAACAAGAGCCGUACCGAUCUGCUCGCUGCUGGCCGCAAAAAGCUUCAGCAAUAUCGUCAGAAGAAGGAAGGUAAAGGCAGUGCUAGCCAUGGAAAAUCCUCAAAAAAAUCCAGUAAAUCUGACCAGCAUGAAGCUGAUGCUGAUGAAUCAUCCACUACCCCAGUACCAACUGUGUCGUCCCAGGUUACUGAAAGGGAAAUUGCACCUCAUGAUGGUUCAGAUUUGGAAACUAUUGAAUCAUCAUUAUCGCAUUCGACAGGGAUUAGUGAGCCUGAUACAUCCUCGAUGCAGUCGAGGGAAGAUCAGGUAACAGAUGUAGGGGCAAUGCAGGAAGCUGAUGGUUUGGACUCAAAGCAAUCUGAUCGCAGCAGUGAAAUAGAGCUUGAAGGAGACAGGCAGCUUCCUUUGUAUGAGCAUGGUGAAAGUGCUGAAACUCUUUCAAGGAUAGCUUCAGUAGAGACUAGUAUGGAGGAGACAUACUGUGAAGCAGAGCAAACUGGUGAGCCAGGUGAAGUAUCUGCAUCUGAUGGUACACUCUUGUCAGAUGGGUUUUCAGCUUCUGUUUCGACUUUACAAGAAGCCGACAGGAUUUCAGCUGUUAAUCCUUCCAUGACAAAUUGGCAGAGACUAGAAAUAGCACCAGAUUCAUCUUACGGAGAAAACUCAAACAUGACUUUUCAGUCUGGUGACUAUGGAAAAGGCAGGGAAGAAAAGGUUCAGACUGAUUUGGACAAUAGGACAGCUGCAGAGGGGUACAAUCAGCAGUAUAUGCCUGAUGAAUCUUUUAUGCCUGAGGGUGAAAGCCUUGAAAGACCUGAAAAGAAAAUGGCAAGUUUGGCUGGAGGAUGGACUGUUUCUCCUGUUGCAGACAUGAGUGCAACCAGUCUUUUGCAGCUUGCAGAGUUGAUAAGGGGUCUUAAUGAAGAAGAAUUUAGGUUUCUGCUCAAGUCAAGAGAAUCAAUUACUAAUGCAGAAUUGGGGAGUGGGAGUUUUACUUUUGCAGAGUAUGGCUUUACAGAUUUAUUGGAGAGACUCAAAGAAGAAUUAUAUCUCACAUAUUUUACUAAAGAUAUCUUUCACUUGCAACUUGCUGAACAGUCUGAACUACAGAUGGGGUUAGAUCACCAGCAGCGUCAGUUGGUUGAUGAAUUAUCUCUACUCAAUGCUUCACUCAAUGAAGUUCGUGAGAAGAAUCAAUUCCUUGUUGAAGAGCUUGCACAAUGCAGAUCUGAACUCCAGUUUGUAACUACCAGGAGGGAGGAGCUCCAAGACCAAUUCCUUAUAGCAAAGGCGGAGGUUGAGGAAUUUUCUGCUAGAGCAUGUGAGUUGCAGAAUAGUCUGGAAAGGUCAGAAGGGGACUUGCUGAUCCGCUUAACAGAGUUGGCUGACUGCAAGAGUUUGGUAGCAGCUUUACAGGUGGAAAAUAAUAAUUUAGAGGGGACCAUUUCUUCUGUGAAUGAAGAGAGAAACAAACUUGUGGAUGAAAAGGAGUUUCUAUUCCGUGAGAAUGGGAAGCUGUUAAUUGAAUUAGCUGACAGCAAGAGUUUGAUGGCAGCUUUACAGGUUGAAAGUUCUAGCUUAAAUGAGAGUCUUGCUUCAGUGAUGGAUGAGAGAAAGAAGCUUGAAGAGGAUAAGAAGCAUCUGUCCCAUGAGAAGGAGAAACAAUCAAUAGAAUUGGCCGACUGUAAGGCUUUGGUUGCAGCUUUACAGGAAGAAAAUGGAAAUUUAAGUGGGAGUCUUGCUUUGGAAACACAACAAAGAAGCAAGCUUGAAGAGGAGAAGGAGCAUCUUUUUCUUGAGAAUGAGAGGCUUAAUACUGAGCUUCUUGCUCUUCAGGAACGGUUGUCUACAGACCAUGGGGAACGAAUGAAGGUUGAAGUUGACCUGAAGGAAGUGACUAUGCGCCUUGAACAAGUCACUGGGGAAAAUAUUUAUCUUCAUAGCAGUCUGGACACUCUUAAAGCUAAAAUAGGAGAGAUUGAUAGCCAGCAAACCCAAAUAGCCUGUCAAGUUGGGGAAGCUGGGAAUGAAGUCAGUCUGGAAGUACGAAGUAGAGGCCAUGAAAGUGGAGCAGAUUAUGAAGAUUCUCACAAGAUUCUUGGGAAGCAAGAUAGUGAAGUUUAUUCUCCUGUAUUGGAGACGCCCUUAUCUGAUGGCCUUGCUGUAGAACCACCACUCGAGCUGCCUGAACAGGUAGUCUUUGAUGAUUCUUUUGGGUUUGUUGCCUUGAAGGGACACUUAGAGGAGGCAGAGAAAAUUUUGCAGAAACUUGAAAAGGCAAUUGAAGGGAUGCAUUCUCAUUCAGCAUUUUUGAGCAGGUCAGCUGGUAAAGUUGCUGCACCUGGGGUUUCAAAACUGAUUCAAGCCUUUGAGUCGAAGGUGCAACUUGAUGAACAAGAGGAAGAGGAAAGGGCUUUGACUGAAAAUCAAUCUCCAGAAGAUCUAUUCACAGUAACAAAAGAGCAAACCGGAAAUUUGAGGGCAUUGCUUAAGCAGCUGGGGGUGGGUGCUGAGGAUGCCAGUAUACUGCUCAAGGGGGAACGCGAUGGUAGGAAAAUUGCUAAUGCCAUGUUCGAGGAGCUCAGGGAUGAACAUGAAGCUUUGAAGGAACACAGUAACAAUUUGGAAGCUGCCAACAUAGAGCUUGGGGUUCUAUGUGAAGCUUUAAAGGAACAUGUUGGUGACGUUGAGGCAAAGAAUGGUGAGCUUGAGGUUCUCUAUGAAUCCUUGAAGCAACAUGACAUUAAUCUCAGAGCAGAAAACAGCAAGCUUGGUGGAAAACUACGAGGUUACCAAUCAAGAAUUAGUGAAUUGCAGAGUCAAUUGUAUGAUUUUCAGCAUAGUUCAAAUGAGAUAGCUUCUGUAAUUGGCAGUCAAUUAGAAAAUUUGCAGAAGGAAGCGGAUGAGAGGGUAUUGAUUCUUGAGCAAGAUUGGAAUUCUACUGUUACUCAGAUUCUUGAUGCUGUUGGGAAGCUUGAUAAAUCAAUUGGGGAAGAUUUCACCUCAACCAUCUCAACUGGUACUCACAAUGGCUUGGAUAUAAGCAGCCGUGUUGCUGCUUCUGUUAAUGUUGCCAAUGAAUUGAUUGAGGCUCUGCAGGGGAAACUCCAAGCUGCUCAAACUGACCAUGAAGCAAUCUGUACUUUAUACAAAGAGGCGAAUGAGAAAAGUGGUGAUUUGCAUGGAAAAAAUGAAUUGGCUAUUGGUAUAUUGAGUAGGAUGCAUGGUAAACUUUGGGAACUUGUGAUAAGUUCAUGUGGAUCUGUGGAAGAAAGUGAGAAAAAUGUACAAAUUGAGAAACUGCUUGAUCCCUUAGAUUAUAGUGAAUACAAGACCCUCCUGGACCAGCUGGAGAAUUCUCUGGAUGAGAAGCUGCAACUCAAGUCUGUUAACAGUAAACUCACCGCAGAGUUGAUUAAUCGAGCAGAAGAAUUUGAGGAAAUGAACAGGAGAUGCCUGAAUUUAAAUGCUAUUCAUAAGUUAAUUGAAGAUGUUGAAGAUGUGUUAAAAUUGGAUGAAGCUGAGAUUAACUUGGAUGCAACACCUGCUUUGCGUUUGGAGUUUUUGGUGUCUGUUCUUGUUCAGAAAUUUAAGGAGGCUGAUGUGCAAGUUGGCUUGUCUAGAGAACAGUUUGGAUAUAAGAUGAUGGAGUUGACUGAAUUGCAGGAUAAGAUACAUCAGUUAGAAGCCUUGACCUUUGAGCAUGAAAAUGAAAUCCCUAUUCUCAGGGACAGUUUACGCCUGGCAGAGGAAGCUUUUAUUGCCACACGUUCUGAAUUACAAGAGAAAAUAAGUGAACUUGAACAGUCAGAUCAGCGAGUAUCUUCUAUUAGAGAGAAACUUGGCAUAGCUGUUGCCAAGGGGAAAGGCUUGGUUGUGCAGCGAGAUGGUCUCAAGCAGUCUCUGGCAGAGACUUCUAGUGAACUGGAGAGAUGCUUGCAAGAGCUGCAGUUGAAAGACACCAAGCUUCAAGAAGUUGAAACAAAACUUAAGACCUACUCGGAGGCAGGUGAGCGUGUGGAAGCUCUGGAAUCUGAGCUUUCAUACAUUCGCAACUCAGCCACUAGUUUAAGAGAAUCAUUCCUUCUUAAAGAUUCUGUCCUUCAAAGAAUAGAAGAGAUUUUGGAAGACCUUGAUCUGCCAGAGCAUUUUCAUUCAAGAGAUAUAAUUGAAAAGAUUGAUUGGUUGGCGAGGUCAGCAACUGGAAACUCUGUGCCUUUGACUGAUUGGGAUCAGAAGAGUUCUGCAGGAGGAGGUUCAUAUUCUGAUGCUGGUUUUGUUGGUAUAGAUGCUUGGAGAGACGAUGUACAGCCAAGCUCAAAUUCAGGGGACGAUUUGAGAAGAAAGUUGGAGGAACUUCAAAAUAGGUUUUAUGGGUUGGCUGAACAAAAUGAAAUGCUCGAACAAUCGUUAAUGGAAAGGAACAACUUGGUACAGAGAUUCGAAGAACUUUUGGACAGGAUUGAUAUUGAUAUGCCUUCGCAGUUUCGGUCCGCGGAACCAGAGGAUAGGAUCGAAUGGUUAGGAAAAGCGCUUUUGGAGGCUCAGCAUGAGAGAAAUUCUUUCCGGGAGAAGAUUGAUAAUUUUGAAAAUUAUUGUGGAUCACUAAGUGCUGAUUUGGAAGAGUCACAAAGGAGAACAUCUGGCCUUGAGGCAGACCUCCAGGCAGUUACCCAAGAGAGAGAGCACCUUUCUGAAAGAUUCGAGAUACUGGCUCAUGAACAUGAAAAACUCUCAGCAAAGACAAUUGAGGCAGACCUCCAGGCAGUUACUCAAGAGAGAGAGCACCUUUCUGAAAGAUUUGAGAUACUGGCUCAUGAACACGAAAAACUUUCAGCAGAGACAGUUGAGUUCAAACUUGAGAAUGAAAAGCUGCAGCAUGAAGUUACGGGUUUGAAGGAUAAAUUGGUUGAUCAGCUUGGGAAUGAGGAACGAAUUGUCAGCAUUGAAGGUGAAAUCAGAAGAUUGCAGGAUUUGGUUAGCGAUGCGUUGCAAGAGUCUGGAACAAAAGAUCUGGUUUCUGGAACUGGUAGUAUCCAUUGCCUGGAGGAAUUACUGAGGAAGCUUAUAGAAAAUUACACAAAUCUUUCUUCAAUGAAUCCUGUGCUUGGGGAUGUGGCUGAUACAGACCAUGCUAAAAAUUCUAAUAUUACUCUUGAUGAAGCAAGAAGCAUAAAUUCACAUGAUUCCAGGGAACUGGAUAUAGCUGUUCCGAAUAAAGAACUGGAGGAGGCUAUGCGUGAGCUGAUGCAUGUGACGGAGGAAAGAGAUAGAUAUAUGGAGAAGCAGCAAAGUUUGAUUUGUGAAGUAGAAGCUCUUGGUAGAAGAAAAGAGGAGUUGCAAGAGCUACUUAGUCAGGAGGAGCAGAAGUCUGCUUCUGUGAGAGAGAAGUUAAAUGUUGCAGUUAGAAAAGGGAAGUCACUGGUGCAACAGCGGGACAGUCUGAAGCAAACCAUUGAAGAGAAGAAUACUGAGGUGGAACUUUUGAAAUCUCAGAUUACCCACUGGGAAAAUGCUCUUGCAGAGUAUGAACAGAAGUUCAGGGACUUAUCUGCUUACCCAGAAAGGGUAGAAGCCCUAGAAUCUGAGCGUUUGUUAUUGAGGAAUCAUUUAACAGAAACUGAGCACUAUUUACAAGAGAAAGAACAUAUGUUGAGCAUGAUUUUGAAUAUUUUAAAUGGCAUUGAUGUUGGUGGUGAAGUCAACAACAGUGGUGAUCCAGUGGAGAGGUUGGAACAACUUGGAAAACUAGUCUCUGAUUUAGACGCAGCUGUUGCUUCUUCAGAGCAGCAGUCGAGGAAAUCUAAAAGAGCAGCAGAGCUGCUCCUUGCUGAGCUGAAUGAGGUUCAAGACAGAAAUGAUGUUCUUCAAGAGGAGCUAGCAAAAGCUGCAAAUGAAGUUGCUGAACUUACUAAGGAAAGGGAUUUGACUGAGGCUGCCAAACUUGAAGCUAUUUCACGGCUUGAAAAGUUAUCUGAUGUUCGUUCUGAGGAAAGAAAGAACCAAUUAUCUGAAUUUAUGCGGAUAAAGUCUAUUCUGAACCAACUCAGAAAGGGCUUUCAUGAUGUUAAGAAUUUACAAGGUGAUGUUUUCUCCAAGGACUUGGAAUUUUUGCACAAUCUGGAGGUUGGUGUUGAGUCAUUUCUGAAAGCAGACAAAGCUAAGCUAGUUGUUGCACCUCUUUUCACUGUAUCUGAUGGUGCUAUAUCCAGAAUUUCAGAUAAAAAGGAGAACUUUCUGUCUAUGGAUUCUUGGUUGGACUCCAAAACUGGUGGUCAUUUUGACGAAAAUGUUGUAUUUGAAACAUGUCAUUUUGUUGUGGAUCAUCUGCAAGAAUUCAUGACAGAAAUUGGAGAUCUUAAAGAAAAAUUCUCCAAACACUCAGUGUCAUUACAUGAACAAAGUAGCAGUCUAUCUAAAUUGAUGGAGAUUGUUCUGGGAGAGAUGAAUUCCCAAAAAGAGUCGUUUGAAGCAAUGAAGAGAGACAUGGUUCAUAUAGAUUCAGUGGAAAAAGAAAAAGGCAUGGAGCUUAUACUGUUGCGUAAAAACAUUGCUGUGCUUUAUGAAGCAUGUGCUAGUUCAGUUGUGGAAAUUGAAAACAGAAGAGUUGACCUGGUUGGAAAUAAUAUGGCUGCUGGAGAUCUGGGUUUGAACUUGAGAUCAACAUCUGUUGAUGGAGAAUUUCCUUUCAGUGGACCAGCUCAAUUGUCCUCUGAGGAAUCUAUCAGGACAAUGGCAGAUAAACUUGUAUUGGCUGUGAGGGAUUUUGCUAGCUUGAAAGCUGAAACUGUAGCGGGUAGCCAAAAGGAAUUGAAGAUUACCAUAGCAAAUUUGCAAAAGGAGCUUCAGGAGAAGGACAUUCAGAAAGAAAGGAUUUGCAUGGAGCUGGUAGGUCAAAUAAAGGAAGCUGAAGCUGCUGCAACAAGUUACUCACUAGAUCUUCAAUCUUCCAUAGCGCGGGUGCAUGAUUUGGAAAAACAGGUUGAAGUGAUAGAGAGAGAACGGAACUUACUAGAGCAGAAAGUGAAGGAGCUGCAAGAUGCACAAGCCACCUCAACCGAGUUACAGGAGAAGGUUCAAUCUCUUACUGAUGUGCUUGCUGCCAAAGACCAAGAAAUUGAGGCACUGAUGCAAGCACUUGACGAGGAAGAGGUGCAGAUGGAAGAUCUGACAAACAAGAUGGAGGAAAUGGAAAAAGUUGUACAACAAAAGAAUUUAGAUUUGAAGAACCUUGAUGCUUCUCGUGGGAAAGCUUUGAAAAAGCUUUCCAUCACUGUGACCAAGUUUGAUGAGCUUCAUCAUCUUUCUGAGAGUCUCCUAGCUGAGGUUGAAAAGCUUCAAGCACAACUGCAAGAUCGGGAUGCAGAGAUCUCUUUCUUAAGGCAAGAGGUCACUAGAUGCACCAAUGAUGUUCUUGUUGCAUCACAAAUGAGUAGCAAAAGGACCUCGGAUGAGAUUCAUGAGUUCUUGACAUGGUUUGAACUGAUCGUUGCUCAGGCUGAGGUGCAUGAUGUGCAUCUUGAUGAUAAGAACAGCAAUGAUGUUCAUGAACACAAGGAAAUACUCCAGAAGAAGGUUUUUUCUAUCAUAUUGGAAUUGGAAAAUUUACGGGCAGCAGCUCAAAGUAAGGACAUGUUGUUACAAGUCGAAAGAAGCAAAGUGGAAGAGUUAACACGCAAAGAAGAAUUUCUUGAGAAGUCUUUACAUGAGAAGGAAUCACGAUUAAAUUUGCUGGAGGGUGUUGGGGAAUCUGAAAGGGCAACUAGCAUGACCUCUGAAAUUUUGGAAGUUGAACCUGUGAUAAACAAACGGACAGUGCCUGGGACUUCAAUUGCACCUCAAGUGCGCAGUUUGCGGAAAGGCAACAAUGACCAGGUUGCCAUUGCUAUAGAUAUGGAUCCUGGCAGUAGUGGUAGGUUAGAAGACGAAGAUGAUGAGAAAGUUCAUGGUUUCAAGUCACUCACUACAUCAAGAAUUGUGCCAAGAUUUACAAGACCUGUGACUGACAUGAUUGAUGGCCUUUGGGUUUCUUGUGAUCGGGCUCUGAUGCGACAACCUGCAUUACGUAUGGGUAUUAUAAUCUAUUGGGCCAUAUUACAUGCACUUCUUGCUACUGUUAUGAUUUGAGAAGCCAAACUGGUUGAUACUUAUCUGAAUGCACGAGGGCCCAACCAUGAUCUUGUUGUUUCUGGCAUCAAAUUUGUCUAUGUAAUCAUUGAUUUUUUAUUUUUUAUUUUAUAAAGUAUAAUCAUUGAUUUUUUUUUUCUUCCUAGAUAUAUUUAGAUUGAUCAUUAUUUAGCUCAACCAGGCAACUGUGAUUCUCCAUUUUUAUUUUUGUUAAUCCCAGAUUGCUUGGUUGCAUCCAAUAAGACAAAAUGCCUUGUUACCAUGAUACUAGAAAUAGGUUGAGAAUUUGUUUACUCAAAACCAACCAAAGGUUGUACUUCACUACUUUUGUAUUUACACAUAUCCUUAUAAUUCUGAAGAAUAUCUUUAGUUAUCCCUAAUCGGAGGCACGCUUUGUUUU